GAACUAAACUAACCUAAAAUAUUAAUAACAAACUUUUCUCAAAAAAAAUAGAUUACGAACUGAUUAUUAUAAAAUAAACCUAUUAACUUCAAACACAGCGCUCUUUUUGCUUCACCUUAUGCAUUAGAAGCAUGUUGAAAACCGAUAAUGUUAUUCUGCCCGACGUGUGCUAACAUUCUUAUGGUGGAAGAGGCACCGGAGACAGGGCUCAGGUACGGGUGCAACUCGUGUCCAUAUGUCUACAGCGUCAGGAAGAAGGUUUCAUCACGGACGUUCCCUAAACUCAAGGAACUGGAUUAUAUUAUGGGCGGUGCUGCUGCCUGGGAGAAUGUAGAUUCAACCGAUGCUGUAUGUCCAAAGUGUAGCCACGGGAAGGCAUACUUCAUGCAACUGCAGACUCGAUCUGCCGACGAACCUAUGACUACUUUCUACCGCUGCUGUAACCACAAGUGUGCGCACAAUUGGCGUGACUAA